CGGCACCGCCAGCUAAACCAUAUCGCUCGUGGCAUGGAAUACUUGCACCAAGAGGGCAUCGCCCACGGAGAUUUACGAGGAGUCAAUGUCCUCGUCGAUGACGAUGAGACCGCCAGGAUUACCGACUUCGGUUUGGCAGUUUACGUCAAUGGUCAUAGCCAGAACUACGCUUCGAUGCGCACCGGAAACCCUCAGUGGUUGGCCCCCGAGAUCUUGAGUCCGGCGGGCGGCAAAAUGACAGCGAGGCCAACCCCAGCGGCAGACGUGUAUUCGUUUUCCCAUAUGUGCAUUGAAGUACGUGACCCUCCAUCUUUUCAACCAACCGCUCAUCCCGCAACCAUAGCUCUUCACGGGUGA